CCUUUGAGUCCCAAUAAUUUCAAAGAAAAGGAUGGAAAGCCUUAUUGUAAUAAACACUUUCAAGAGAUGUUUUUGCCUAAAUGUUACGGAUGUAAACUACCCAUCGCUGAUAAAGUACUGAAAGCGUUGGGAAAGACAUGGCAUCCCGAGUGUUUCGCUUGCGUUCAGUGCCACAAACCGUUGGGAACCGAUGGAUACCGUGAAAAGGAUGGUCUGCCGUACUGUGACUUUGACUAUCACGCACUCUUCUCGCCCAAGUGUGCCGCAUGUCAUGCGCCCAUUCGGGAGAAAUGUUUGACUGCGAUGGGCAGAACGUGGCACCCUGAACAUUUCCUGUGCCAACACUGUAAUAAACAGUUGAGUGACGAUCCGGAGGGUUAUCACGAACACAACGACAAGUCUUAUUGCAGGCCCUGUUAUGUAGAGCUCUUCGCUCCGUAUUGUCGCGCCUGUAAUAAACCGAUUGUCGACAAGAUAUGCGUGACAGCAUUGGACGCCAAAUGGCAUCCCGACUGCUUUGUCUGCAGAGACUGUCACUGUCCGCUCAAAACUGGCAAUUACUUUGAGUUUGAAGGCGAGCCGUAUUGUGAGGACCACUUCAGGUGUAAGAUGUGUCCCGAUUGCGUCAAACUA